CAAUGAAGCACCUGUAUUUUCUCAUGGCAGAUGUAGACUUGUCUCAAAUCUGCCAGGAACUGGACUUGUAUGUAACUUGUCAGUUAUAAAUAUAUUACUUGCUUCAUUAUUAAGACCUACUUUUUUUCUUUGCAGGUGUUGUAUAAUCUGUUUACAAGUCAUGACUCUCCGUGUUCUGUACUUAAGCUGAUAAAGCAUCUAUGCACUUUAAUCUCCUGUCUGUGCCACUCUGCUAGCACAGUGCAAGCCGUGUCUCAAAUCUUGAAUACAAAGACUAAGUAGCCAAAGUUUAAUUUUUGCCUUAGUAAUGUUCCAGAGGCUGAAUAAUAUGCUUGUUGGAGAGAUCAAUAAUUUGUCCAGUCAAGAACCAGAGUUCAGUGAGAAAGAAGAUGAGGAAUGGAUUCUAGUUGACUUCAUAGAAGAAGAGGACAUCAGCGAAACGUCAGCUUCUGACACCACACCAGUUUUCUCUUGUUUACCAACUUCUUUAGAGUGUUUGGCUGAUGCCAGUGAGUCUUGCUUUAUCCAGUUCGAAUCAUGUCCCAUGGAGGAGAGUUGGUUUAUUACCCCUCCCCCGUGCUUUACAGCAGGUGGAUUAACCACUAUUAAGGUGGAAACAAGUCCUAUGGAGAACCUUCUAAUAGAGCAUCCCAGCAUGUCUGUUUAUGCCAUUCGUAAUACCUGCCACAGUCUUGAUGAAACCAGUUGUGGGGAUGAGGAGUUUCACAAUCAGGGUAGUCCUAGAAUGGAGGCACAAACUGAAGUGGGACAGCAUAUCCGUUGCUAUGUUACAGCUCUUGCUGCUCACUCAAGUUUUUUGGAACAAACCAAGAGCUUUCGUCGUACCCAGUGGGUAAAAGAACAUAAUGAAAGGCACUAUCUCAACAGAAACAGUCUCCGUCGCCAAAAUCUUACCAGGGAUUGCCACUCUCGGCAAAUCAAGCACAAUGGAUUGUUUGUUCACCAGCCUUGCCAGCGUCAGUACAAUUACUGAGGGCUCUUGUUUUAAUCUGUUGGUUAAUUGUUUCUUAGAGUGCUUUUGUUUUUUUAUAUGUAGAUAAUGAAGGUGUGGUCAAUCUGAAGCUGAUAACUAAUCAUUUGAAUGCAAUCAUAACUAGUGUUACAUUAGUUCUGAAACCACACUUGCAUAUGUUGUGUUGUCAAAUGACUUGCUAAAAGCCCUAAAUGGUUAUGUUAAAUAUUAGUGUCUUGGCAACCUAUCAGUACAAAAGUUCAUCUGAUGUGUUUAACUAUACUAUGAUGUAUAGAUAGGUUUUAAUUGGUAUGUUUAAGGAAAAAUGUAACCGAGAUAGACAGUGCAUCCCCUCAGUCAUUUUUUUAAAUUCAAAAUGGAGUUAUAAUCUUGGUUGCAUUUUAAAUGACCAGUACUUGACAGCCUGUAUGUCUGUCUGUAUGUUCAGUAUACUUGUUGUAUUCUAACAAAAAUGUUGGUAUAGUUAGCCAAUGGAUUUUGAAAUCGGUGUGCUGAGCUUCCCUUAAAGAGAACUGUAGAUUAAAUCUACAAUAGAUUGUGUCUAUGUGCAUUAAGCAUACAGCCUCAUUAAGUUUAGGUACUUCAUAUAAACACAAGAAGAGUUCAGCAUCCACUGCAUUAGGGUGACAUGUUACAGGUCUAGAUGCCAUGCCUCAAGGAGUGGAGUAAAACAAAAACACAACAAAACUGAUUGUAUGGUUAUUACAUUUGGGCACCUAAUCCAUAAAAUUGUCGGUAUUUCGCUUAUCUAGCUCUGGCGCUCUUAUUCCCUCUUUCCAAUCUCUCUUUUUUUUUUUUUAACCUUUUAAAAAAGUGCAUUAUUGAUGCAUUACCCAAAGCAAACAUGAAACUAAAGUGAAACUAAACUAGAGUAAAAUUUAAUCCUGUGCCUCCCUAAAAGGGAAAGGGCUAAAGAGGACUGUUCCAAGAGUUUCACCCACAGUUGAUUACAAGUGUGAAACCUAUUCUGGUAGAUGGUGAGCAUAUAUGGCUUCUCCUGAUCUACUGAUCUAAUUACUAGGUGGCCUCUAACUGACAAUACAUUCUGCUAAAAAUCUACUGGAAGAAAAUCUAUUCCCAGGUGAGAAAUUAUACCUGAUCUAAUACUUUCUUAGCUGAAGGAUUAAAGUCUGGAAUGGCUCACUGGUAAUAUAGGGCUUGGCAUGCAAACACUACUGGUCUUUCAGGAUUAAAUGCAGUGUUAGUAGGGUAUAUCAAACUAGAGCAGCAUUAAUGGUGGAUGUCUCCUUGCUCAUGUGACAUUAAACCAAGGGAGUGGAAACCUUAACUGGUUAUGAAUUAAACUAGAGGCAGGAGAAGAGAAGUAGAAAGCAUUAACAAACAUCCUGGGGGAAUGAAUACCCUGCUCAUUGUCUUCUGUUUUGUAGUUAUGGCUUGGGGCAUAUUGAUGCUAAUGUUACAUUCAACAGCGUCUUCCAUCUGAAAUCCUGUAGAAGCAGCUCUGAUGCAGGAAAUCCAUGUGCAGGUGUUUCUGGAGUGUCUCUGAUCUUGCCAAAUUGAUUUAGGAAUCCUUUCAAACCUGUGAAGUGUUCUUUUUAACUAUGGCCAAACCUUUAUUUUGUUGAUGCAAAAAUCCAGUGCUCUGUACUAGCCUUGAUGUACUGGUACUCUUGUGGAGUAUAAUUUUAGUAUCAGUAGCAUUCUUGACUCCUAAUUUACUUCACUUCAAAUAUUCCAUUUUCUAUUAGUUUAGUUAUAUGUGGCAGUUGAAUAUGCAAUUAAGUGCACAUUUUUGCUUUUCUGAGUAUUCCAGUCCUGUUACUGGGGUAUGUUGAAUGGACUCAAACUGGAUAAAUUCCAACUUUCAAAAUGGGGUUUAUGUAUACUUUUGUGCAUGGCUUUUGUGAUGCAUAUCUAUCUUUAUACAGUGGUCCUUUCCUGGUCUUAAUGCUUUGGUUGUAUUUAUCUGGGUAACCAACUUCAUUCUCAUCUGUUUGCCAACACAAUUUAACCUGUCUGCCUAUCUUUUUGUCACUUCAAGUCCUUAUCUCCAUUCUCUUAAUCUUCCUCCCCAUCUUGAACUCCAGUUCUGGAAAAGCCAUGGUUGGCUUUGGAUUUCACCCCCUCCACCUCUUUCAUAAAUAACUACUUUCCUUCAGCUUUAAUUUUCCUAAAGUAAAAUGAAGGAAGAUGGAAUCUUCACCCCUCUAAAUUGGAAGGGCUUAAUUUUCAGGGGGUGUGUGAAAGUGUAUGGCUCCUACAUGAGUCACCACUUCUUUUUUUUAGUUGGCAAGUAAAUGCAACUUUAGACUGCUCCUAAAACUGGGAGAUACUCAUCUUCUUUUUAUAUUUACAUUACUGGAUAAUUUUCCAGUGAUGAAAACCUAUAUCUUUCAGGAUAUAAACAGUUUUGUUGCACAAAAGCUGUGCUGCUUGGUUGUUUUUUGCUUCUUUUUUUUUUGGUUUUUAGUGGGGGGGGUUCCUUGCUAUUGGAAACCAUGCUGUUGUGCAAGAUACACAAUACUGCAUCUGGAGCUUAAUUUUUUGUCUUGAAUAUUUGUUAGCUCUAUUUUUUGUCUGGAGCUGUUGGGCAGUUGUGUGCGUGUGUGAUUUUUGUUCUGAUAGUACGUGAGCUACGUGGCUUCUGAACUGUAUUAACUGUUGUUAAAAAAAAAAAAAAAUGGAGGCCUUGCACUGUCUCAAAUACUGAUUCAUGAAUCUUACAGCAACUGUAUUUUCACAUGUAUCAGUCAAUAGACAGACCUGCAUUCUAAACAAAACUGUGCCUUGGUAGGUGUAAUUCUACACAGCAAACUUGAAGAUUCAAAAGGGACAUUUCACUUAAGAUAAAUACUGUAAUCGGUCUAUGCAUAUAUGGCAGCUGCUUUUGAGAGCCACUUUCUCUACCUGUAGCAAUCCUUUUUUGAUAUCAAAGAUUGUCUGGCUCUGAGUUUUAAGUUUUUAAUUCAAGUGUGAAAAACAACAAAAUACAGCACUCUGCCAAAACGUAGCAUUGCUUAAACAAUGUAUAUUUACUAACGCAACCUCCUGUAUUUUUUUUAUAGUGCAUCUUGCACAUUAUGGAGAAAAAAAUAUGAUCUUAAAUAUCAAUAAAA